GACACUAUUAGAUAUUGCGUGAGACUGGAGACGAAUCUCGAAAUGCUAAGAUGCCGUCGAGCGGACGGGUAACGGCUUACUGCAAAAAUAAAUGCCCCUUCAAAUAUAUUUGACCAAUCAUAAUUUUUGAGAUAUGUACGUGUAUUCCUCGGGGCCAGUUCGUGCUGUGACACCGAAUACAGCCGCUUAAGUAGAGUAUAUUAGCGUGCGGUGAUAGGACAAAAUGAGUAAGCAUUAACAAGGCAACGAUGUUAAGCAAUUACACCAAAUUGCCGCGUGGCAAGUAUCCUCAUUCAUAUCGUCAAGACGCAGAUCGCCACUAUCAAGGUCAAAAAUUUCAAAACAUUCCUGAUUAUUAAGAAGUAACAUGGUCAAUUGACACUCAUCGCCCAAACCUGGCCAAGCUACAGUUCAUCACGCGGACUGUGGCGAUUCUGGUCAGAGCAAGUCUAAUGCAAAUGACGAAUAAAUCCAGCUUUGAAGAUCUCACCGAUAGUGGUAUCGAAGUGUGGGCCUAUUAACUGGUCAAACGACGAUAUUCAGCCUGCGAAAGCUAACAGCGCGGUGUUGCCUGCACCAGCCGAAUGAUUCUUCAUCGCUACAAGUGGAAUCUGCCAAAUCCUAGCGCCCAAGUACAAAGUUAUGUGCCACUGUCCGCUUUAACGUACCUGAAACAGUUUAAACCUUUCAACACGCUUUCGGCGUGUCGUACAAUGUCAGCAGCGUUUUAUGUGGUCGAUUAUUGGUCAAAGAACGCUCAGCCAAAUAGAGUGAUUCACCAGACUUCGAUGCAUCUCGCUAUUUCAGUAUUAUCGGCGCCUCUGCAAUUCGCCGGCAUGGGCAACGGAUGGGAUCUACAACUCAUGCUACUUGUGUGGCGAGAAGUUUGACGCUUGCAUUGCUGUCGACGCCACUGCUUUGCUGUGCAAAUUGCUCCGGUUCUAAUUCAGCACUGACUGACCACACCCACAAGUCAAGUCUUUGUGAGGUGUGUGCUUUCUGGUACAAACGCUUUAAGCCCUAUGUGCCGCGCUUUUUAUCACGUACACGCUGAUCUACUUGAACCACAUAGACGUGUCUUGCGUCCGUUGCGUUUCAGUUUUGGAAAAACACAACUGAGCAUUAUAUGGCAUCCGUUGAGUCUGGAACGGAAGAGAUCAGUAAUUUUUAAUGACUUCUUAGCGUGAAGUGCAAGGAAUUGAACUUGAAAAUUUGUCGUGUAUUUAAGUUUUCUAUAUCCAGUUUGCUAAGUACGCAGGUGAGAAAAUCGAUAUUGGGUCAAAGUAUAAAAAUGCUGGUAGCUCGUUUUAGGGGUGCUCGUGCAACAACGCGUCAUCUGCACUGUAUAUUUCAAAGACGAAGAGAGGUAGAACAAUCGCAAACCUGGCAUCAUCACAUACGAUAGUGGCCUGAAUUCUGUUGUGUAACACUUUCUCCACGGAGAGCAGUGCUGAUUAAAUUUGCAGAGUAUGAUACUGGUUGCGCCAACAACGUCAGUCUGGCACCAUGAUAUGUAAAUCACAGAUAAUGGGAUAUAACCACUCAGACACGUUUGAGACUGUUAUAUAUGAGACUUCGAACUGCUGGUUAGCGAUCAGCGUUCCCUUAGAACUUUUAAAAAGAGAAUCAGGUUCAUCAUGAUUGCGGUCCUCGUCUGACAAGACGAUCCAAUAAAAAGUAAAACUUGCCGCUUAAAUUUGCCUGAAUUUGCUCAUGCUCGGACCAGUACCAGUAAGCAGCGAUAAUUGUACGCCAAGACGAGUCACGAUGAUAAAAAGCUAAUGCGUUAUCACCAACUUAGCUUAAAAUUUUGAGAAAAAAGCAUCUGGUGACAUGCAUGAUCUAUUCCCUGAGUGAGUGCUCCGUCAAACUUUUCUUACCGUGAAGAUCUUCACGCUUUGCGGCAGCGUAGUAUUAGCAAAACCAUAUGUAGCAGCCGCUGCUUGCUCUUCUGUGAGCUACUCUUCACAUCAUCC